GAAGGGAAAGUUACCAUUAAUUAAGCUAACGUUAGCCGCCGUAGUGACAGUUCAUUCAGAACUACUCAGAAGCAAGAGCGGGGAGAGAGUGGGAGGGUCUGUACGUUUGGGCUCCACCACUUUAGUCCCUGAAGUUGUAGCAGUGAGGUGGAGGUAAUCAUUACACGUGUGCAUUACUGUCAGCGCCCAGGUGACUGGACCGAUGAGAUGACACUAACGCACCACAGGAGUCCUCUUCUGCUCGCCGUCACCUGCAUGUACUUCUCGGGAGGUUUGCUGUGGUCCUACCAAGAAGAGGAUGCCAGCCACGGUGAAGAGUGCUCAGAGAAUAACAUUUCUACAACAAAGUACCCCUGCAUGAAGUCGACCGGAGAAGUUACAACGUGUUACAGAAAGAAAUGUUGCACGGGCUUCAAGUUUGUGUUGGGCCAGUGCAUUCCUGAAGACUAUGACGUGUGUGCUGGCGCCCCCUGUGAGCAACAGUGUACCGACCACUUUGGUCGAGUGGUGUGCACCUGUUACCCCGGAUAUCGCUACGACCGUGAGCGUCACAGAAACCGAGAGAAGCCGUACUGUCUGGACAUCAACGAAUGUGCAGACAAAAACACGACAACAUGCUCUCAGAUCUGCGUCAAUUCUGUGGGGGGCUACAGGUGCGAGUGUGAGAAAGGCUAUUUCCUGGAAGAAGAUGGGAAAACAUGCACCAAGGGGGAGAGAGCGGUGCAUCUCUUUGAGAAGUCUGACAACGUGAUGAACGCUGGGACUUGCUCAGCCACAUGUGACGAUUUCCACCACAUCAGGAUGUCUGUCUUGCAGCUUAAACAGAGGAUGGCCAUGCUGUCAAACAGUGCAGACGUCCCCGAGCAGAUGACCAGCGAGAAAAUCCUGACGUCGCCAAUAUUUUUGCCAGGGCCUCCAGGUCUCCCUGGUCCUCCAGGAGAUCCAGGACCGGAGGGCGGUCCAGGGCUGUUGGGGGCCCCUGGGUCUCCCGGUCCCAGGGGCUUGAUGGGACCCAUUGGACCCACACCAGACCUGUCUCGUAUCAAACGGGGUCCCAGAGGAGCUGUGGGGCCUCCAGGAGCACCGGGAAAAGACGGCCCAAAGGGGGAUAGAGGAGCUUCUGGGCCUGUCGGACCACCAGGCCCUCCAGGCUCCUUUGACUUCCUGCUUCUGCUGAUGGCAGACAUCCGGAACGACAUCGCUGACCUGCAGAGCCAGGUGUACGGUCGACCGAUGCACUCGCCAGGGGACUUUCCUGCGGUCCCUGACAGCUGGCGGGACGACCAGGACAGUCUGGAUACAGGCUCAGGUGAGCACCAUAGGGAACCUCCACCUCAGACAGGCGGAGGAUCCAAGAGGAACAGGAAGAGGAAACCAGCGCGAGAGAGAACAGACUUUGACUGGAAUAUUUAAGGGGGUGGGUUUAAAUACUUACUGUCAGGUGUAAAUAUUGAAGGGGUUCACUUUUCUUAUUUAAACAAAAUGUACUAUAUGCCUGUCGUUCACAGAUGUUUAUUUUUGUAUGAUAUACGAGUUUGUGUUCAUUUUUGAAAAUGCACGUUUUUUUAAUUCUAUAUUUUCAUAAACAUAUGGUUCCUUCGUGGCACAUUAAACAAGUCUCUCAUGAAAGCAGCUUUUUAACUCUUUACUUAAUAACAGUAUAUUAUUCUGUUUCACACAAAUUGUACCAGAGAGGAAGCCACCAAAUACCAAAUUGAUGAAUCAAUCCUACAUAAAUUCACAAGAGGGAUUAAAACAGCAUGAAUGUUGAACUGUGAUUUAAAUGCCGUUCAUCCUCAUUUAUAAGACACAUCACUGUAGUUUUUAGUUGCUGUGGCAGCAAAGUAGUAACAAUUACAAGACUAUGGAAAAUAAUACUCUCAUUUCUUUGUGUCUACGGUUCAUUUUACAAUCCAGAUCAGAUUUGUCGGCCAAUUCUGUGUACACAUAUAAGGAAUGCGGGUAUUUCGUUGCUGUCAAUGUACUUGCACAGAAAUAGACAUGCAGCUAAAAACAAGGAGAAAAAAGCCUAACAAAGACGUAAACAUUGAACUAUUAUCUACAUACAUGUAGGUAAAGAAAGACUUUGGAUGGCUGUGUGGAUAAUAGUUGACAGUUCUCCACCAGAGGGAGACAUUCUCAAAGCCACUUAAAAAAGUGUUCACUCGGUCAGGAAAAUUACUUUGAUGAGCAAACUCGCAUCAUAACUGUAAAUUAUUAUACAGCAGCUCAUCUUGCAUCUGAAAUGCAUGCUUUUUCUUUUGUACAGGAAAAAGUGCAUGUUUGGUGUUUUUUUUUAUUGUCUUAAAGUCCCUUUUUUUUGCAUUUAUAAACAGUAUAAUAUUCAAUUGAUGGAUUUUAACACCCUAUAAUGCAUUUAUAAGCAGAUAUAAGGACAAUUAAGUGUUAGUAUUCAGUAUUUGCCAGUGAUUUUAACUUAUCCUGUGAAGACAAAUUUUAUAUUAUUACACAACUGUGUUUUACAAUGUUGCCAUUACCUACACACCAGCCAACUAUACACCGGCCACUUACUGGUGCCCAAAGGAGACGUUGUAAUUGUUGACAAAUGCAUUCGCAAAUUAGUGUCCUAUAAACAAUUCAUGAAAUUAUUAUAAAAUGUAUUGUAAGUGCUAAAUAGGGGGUGUAAAGAAGUAGUAGUGUUUCUAAUUAAGUUAAAGACUGUUGACUUUUUGAUAUAUGCUUUAAAAAAAAGCAUGUUUAACUUUGAAUAUGUAAAAAUUUGACAACCCUGGCCUCUCAUUCCCAUCCCCGUCUCACUCUGUCCUUUAUUUGGAUGAAGAGAAGUUGACGGUAUAAUCUCCGAUAGCGAGACCAAAACAAGGUGAUGUCAUAUUUAUUUUUCAUUUAUUACAAGAACAUGCAAUACUAUUCAAAACACGCUCAAGGAUCCUUCAGUCCUGCUUGACAGCGCUGGUCUAAAGCGUUUGUUACUUGCUUUCCAAGUACAUCAAAAAUAUAAAGUGGUUUACUACAUCUGUCAAGUGAGUAUAUGAUCAUUUUUAUUUUACACGUGUCUUUCAAUUAAAACAUUUCAACAUCUAAAGCUCAUUUAUUCUUAUUAUUUAUUACCUUUGUUUCAUGUAGGUGUUUUAUUAACCCAUUAUCUACUGCAUAAUAAGCCUUUCUUUUAUCUUUUCAUUGCCUAAUUUAAUCAAGUACACUUUGCUGAUAAUCCUUUAACUUAAGUAAGAAUUUGAAUGCAGGACUUGAACUUGUAAAGGAGUAUUCUUUGCUACUUUUUCUAAGUGGAAUAUCUGAAAACUUCUUCAACCACUGAUAAUAUGUUUAGCCAAAUGUCAAUAGAGCAGCACAGCCUGUGGCGUCCUCUGCUGUCCAUGGUGCUGCUCCUGUGACUCCCAUAGAUGUGGAGGCUGUCCGGGUUUACCGGGAAACUUAAGGUAUGUUGUCAUUUUGCAAAGUUUUUGGGCUCCACUCAUUCUAUCAAUAGUGUAUUGGUAUUUAGAUAUAAAUACACCAGAUGUAUUUAGAUAUAAAUACACCAGAUGUUUCAAUGGGACAUUGAUGUAUUAGCCAGGUAACUAGAGUAGACAUAUGUGUAACAAAGACAAAACAUGCCUCAAGAAUAUUAACUAGUUGUGGGCUUUUUCCUCAUCAAUAAUUCCCCUUAAAAUGUGCUCUCUAUCCACACAAUUUUCUUUUCAUAUAAUUCCUUCUGCAGUGUCUCAUCCUUCAGUAUGCAGGCAACACGUCAGAGUGCUACAGCCUACAAUAUUCAAACAAUGCUUACAUGUUCAUUUACUUUUGAUACUUUUACUUAAGUAAAUGAUCUGAAUACUACUUCCACCACUGCCCACAAUACACUCUGCCCCGACGGUCAUUCAGUAGCCCUCUAAGUCCACCAGGUGCCAGUCUUUUCUAAGUCAUAUCAUUGACUCUGUGUG